CGUUCUUAACCAGCAAUCAAGAAACGGUCCUGGUUUCCUGCAGCAGGAGGGCAUGGGUCCAGGAACAUGGGAUAACAGUGUGAGAGGCUCGCACUCACGCUCACGCUCAAGCUCACGCUCACGGUUAAGGAUCUCUGCAAAACAAGUUGCUCUCUGUGCCCAGAGCUUGGGAUUUGCUGGUUUGAGAGUCUUGUUCCAGGGAAGGAAUGCUUUCCACGAGGGGACGUUUGGCCUGCACGUAGGCCUUCGUGAAUCAUGCUUGCCCUUCCUGCAUACCACACUUAUUAACCCAUUUAACUCCUCCAGCCACUCGCAGAAGUGGGUCGGGGUAUUCUCCCCACUGUAGUGAUGAACGCCAGACCUGGAGCCUGCAGCAGCCGAGAGGCUGGGAACCUGGCGCGGAAGCCGCGGCUCCAAGAUGGGCUGUGGGUCUGAUCCUGGAGCAGCGAUAUGAUUAGCUCUCUGCAAGUCCGCAGAAGCUUUUCUCUGUCACCAGGGCGGUGGGAGGCGGCGCGUGGAGAUGGGAAGCCAAGAGUUAACGGUCGAAACACACGUGCAAGUCUCUGGGCUGCUUGGUGGCUGCUGACAUCCAACGCGAAAUGUGGGUGAUUCUCACCAUGAGUAAGAAUUCAUCCCUGGUAACCCGGUGAGUGAGGAAAUGUAGCAGAGAGGCAGCGAGGCAACACCUGCCCCAGCUUGGCGCGGACAGCCCAGCCCAGACAGGCGCCCUCCCUGCACGUCCCUGGGGCACCCUCACCAUGUCCAAGAAGGGCGCGGGCGGCCGAGGCAAAGGGGACAAGGCGGACAAGGAGCUCCUUGUCGGGCUGCAGGCCGCCAACGAGGAGCUGCGGACCAAGCUCACGGAAAUCCAGAUCGAGCUGCAGCAAGAGAAGAGCAAGGUCAGCAGGGUGGAGAGGGAGAAGAACCAGGAGCUGAAGCAGGCGCGCGACCACGAGCAGCACAAGGCGGCCGUGCUGCUCACGGAGCUCAAGACCAAGCUGCACGAAGAAAAGAUGAAGGAGCUGCAGGCGGUGCGCGAGGCGCUGCUGCGACAGCACGAGGCCGAGCUGCUGCGCGUCAUCAAGAUCAAAGACAACGAGAACCAGCGGCUGCAGGGGCUGCUGCACGCGCUGCGCGACAGCGGCCCGGACAAGGUCAAGACCGUGCUGCUGUCCGAGGCGAAGGAGGAGGCCAAGAAGGGGUUCGAGGUGGAGAAGAUAAAAAUGCAGCAGGAGAUCUCGGAGCUCAAGGGGGCCAAGAGGCAGGUGGAGGAGGCGCUGACCGUGGUCAUGCAGGCGGACAAGAUCAAGGCGGCCGAGAUCCGGAGCGUGUACCACCUGCACCAGGAGGAGAUCGCCCGCAUCAAGAAGGAGUGCGAGCGCGAGAUCCGCAGGCUGAUGGAGGAGAUAAAAUUUAAGGACAGAGCAGUCUUCGUGCUGGAGAGAGAGUUAGGUAUUCAAGCCGGGCAUGCUCAGAGACUGCAGCUCCAAAAAGAGGCUCUAGAUGAGCAGCUGUCGCAGGUCAAAGAGGCAGAUCGGCACCUGGGCAGCCCCAGGCGGGAACUUCCUUAUGCAAGUGGUGCAGGAGACGCCUCAGAGCCCUCAGCAAGCCCUGAACAGCAGUUGGAUGAAAAGGAUGCUCGGCGCUUCCAGCUUAAAAUUGCAGAGCUAAGUGCGAUCAUUCGGAAACUGGAGGACCGGAACGCCUUGCUGUCCGAAGAAAGGAACGAGCUGUUAAAGCGUUUAAGAGAAGCUGAGAGUCAGUACAAGCCAUUGCUGGAUAAAAACAAACGCCUCACUCGGAAAAACGAGGAUCUGUCCCACACUUUACGCCGAAUGGAAAACAAGUUAAAAUUUGUCACCCAGGAGAACAUAGAAAUGAGACAGAGAGCCGGGAUCAUAAGGAGACCUAGUUCCUUGAACGACCUGGAUCAAAGUCAAGAUGAACGAGAAAUUGAUUUCUUGAAAAUGCAAAUUGUGGAGCAGCAGAGCCUCAUAGACGAACUUUCCAAGACCCUGGAAACAGCUGGCUAUGUGAAGAGUGUGUUAGAGCGUGACAAGCUUUUAAGAUACCGGAAACAAAGGAAGAAAAUGGCAAAGCUCCCCAAGCCGGUCAUCGUGGAGACCUUCUUCGGGUAUGAUGAAGAAGCCUCCUUGGAGUCCGAUGGCUCUUCCAUCUCGUACCAAACGGACAGGACAGACCAGACCCCGUGCACCCCAGAUGAUGACCUGGAGGAGGGCAUGGCCAAGGAGGAGACGGAGCUGAGGUUCCGGCAGCUGACCAUGGAGUACCAGGCUCUGCAGCGCGCAUAUGCCUUGUUACAGGAGCAGGUCGGAGGGACGUUGGACGCAGAGCGAGAAGUUAAGACCCGUGAGCAGCUCCACGCAGAAGCGCAGCGGGCACAGGCAAGGAUAGAGGACCUGGAGAAGGCCCUGGCCGAGCAGGGGCGGGAUAUGAAGUGGAUUGAAGAGAAGCAAGCACUGUAUCGGAGAAACCAAGAACUGGUAGAAAAGAUUAAACAAAUGGAGACGGAAGAGGCUCGGUUAAAACACGAGGUCCAGGAUGGGAAAGACCAAAACGAGCUGCUGGAAUUCCGCAUCCUGGAGCUGGAGGAGAGGGAGAGGAAGUCGCCUGCCAUCAACUUCCACCACAUCCCCUUCGUGGACGGCAAGAGCCCCCUCCAGGCGUACUGCGAGGCGGAAGGCGUGACGGACAUCCUGGUCACAGAGCUGAUGAAGAAGCUGGACAUCUUGGGGGACAACGCCGUAAGUAAUCUGACCAAUGAGGAGCAAGUGGUCGUCAUACAAGCCAGGACAGUUCUGACCUUAGCUGAAAAGUGGCUACAGCAGAUCGAAGAGACGGAAUCGGCCCUGCAGCGGAAGAUGGUUGACCUGGAGAGCGAGAAGGAUCUGUUCAGUAAACAGAAGGGCUACCUGGAUGAGGAGCUGGACUACCGGAAGCAGGCCCUGGACCAGGCUCACAAGCACAUCCUGGAGCUGGAGGCCAUGCUGUACGACGCCCUGCAGCAGGAGGCCGGGGCCAAGGUGGCUGAGAUACUGUCGGAGGAGGAGCGCGAGAAGCUCAAGGUGGCCGUGGAGCAGUGGAAGCGCCAGGUCAUGAGCGAGCUGCGCGAGCGGGAUGCCCAGAUCCUGAGGGAGCGCAUGGAGCUGCUGCAGCUGGCACAGCAGAGAAUUAAAGAGUUAGAAGAAAGAAUAGAAGCUCAGAAGAGACAAAUAAAGGAACUGGAGGAAAAGUUUCUAUUUUUGUUCUUAUUUUUCUCCUUAGCUUUCAUUUUGUGGUCAUAGCUUGCCUGGGCACCCCGGCCUGCCCCCAGAGGAGCCGGACCCUAUUCCUCCAGCUGGACCGGAGAGCAGCGGGUGCCCAGGUGACAAAACAAGGUGCCUGGUGUCAUCCCUGAAGACCCGAGAGGGUGUGGUGUCUACGGACCCCUCCCAGCAAGGAGAGGGGGGAGAGGUCUCCCACUCCUCUGAGCCAGCCACUGGCCACUCUGAUGGGCCAGGAUUGGAGCUGGUUUCAAGGCUGGGCCCCUCUGGAAGAGGCCUGGUCUUGGCUGCUGAACCCUGGGGUCCCUCCGCGGGAUGCAGCCUCCUAAUCCUGGUUCCAGAGAUGUGUCAAUCCCUUGCUACACAGAAGCAGAGAGCGCUUCUGGGCAGGGGUGUGUCCCGAGUCCUGCACACUCACCCCUCCUGGCUCCCACAGUCGCUGCUCCAGGGUGUCUGAGAAAGAGUCUCAGAAAACGCAGGCACCCCACAAAAUGACAGAAUGCAGGCUGUGGCCGCAUGGUGACCUGCAUUCAGGGAGACCAGGACAGUUCGUGGGGACAUCUGAGGACCGUUUCCUGUGACACCGCAGGUGGCUAUGGUGAUGCUGUGACUCACUCCCCGGGUCCAAGCACUUACUGAUGGACUCAGCACGAUGCCCUCUCUUGUUUAUGAUGCUGUCACUCCGUGGGUGCCGAUGGGAGUGUAGCUGCCGCACUGCACUGUGCCAUCACCCUGCUGCCUCCUUACCCAGCCCGAGAUACGAAGGCUGAAGUCCUGCCCUGAGCCUCGGCCGGGGAGCCUGGCUGGGCUGACCAAAGGGAGGACUGAGCAGCAUGGUGACGGGAGAUAGGACGAGAUGGGACGGCCCACUGGGAAGGAUAGAGGCCGCCUCUGAGCACAGCCCAGACCCUGUGACGGCCCUGGGUGUGUUGCCACCCAGCUCGGAGGCCCAUGGGUGGCAGGAAGCCGGGCAUGGCCAAAGCUGCCCUAUGAAAACUCUGCCCUUCACGCUCAAGGGACUGCGCUGAGGUGACGGGCAGCAGUGUACCCGCAGAUGAAGAAGGGAGCCUGAUGCCCACGUGGAGAGCAGAGGAUGCAGCAUGCUGGUUUCCAUUUGAGCGAUUUCCAUUCCUGCUGAGCUUGGGCCCACAGCCCAGGGGCGCCUCCCAGCAGCGAUGCAGCCGAUGUCCACCUCUUGUGUGGGCCUCACACCGUGGUGGUCUGAGGUCAUUGCUCUCAGUGCUGAAGUCGCAAGGGGUGCGAGUGUGCACGCACACGCACGUGUGUCCAACCGGAAGACCAUGCACAGCAUUUUAGCUCUUUGGGGCACUCAGAAGUUGACAUGCUGGGCAGUUAGCUGUGCAGCCAGAUGAGAAUGUGACACACAACACUGUGUAGCAGAAAACAAACUGCAUCCCCCAGAGGCUGGAGGCAGGGGUGACUGGCUGCCUGCACGCGUUAGGUUCGUUUUACAUUUGUGUUGGAAGAAACAUUGAACUCCGGUGCAAACGACAGUGGCAGCUGGACCAGGCUUGAGUCCCAAGGAUGAAAUCAGGAGAAGCUUAUAGGAUCAGACACAAGUCCUUUCCCUUGGUGGGUGCAGGGUUUUUGCUGGGCAACACACUUUUUAUUCACACGCGUCCAAGAAGAACGCAUCCUUCUGUUGUCAUUAGAGCCAUGCUCACUCAGUCACUUGGACAAGACAGGGGCCGCUUCCCUGCUUCUCUGCUGAGCCUCAUGCUGGGGUUUGUGUCCCACGUCAGAAAUCUCGUUCAAUCAUCCGUUCGUCAUUUUGUCUCAUUCUAACGACUGCAUCCUCUUGGCACGUUUGUCGUCCUCAGGAGCAAAUGGUAAACAAUAGUCUUGCGUUAAUAAAAGCUGCCCUGGAGUUAGGGGUGAACUCCAGCUCCAGGGGAGAGGGACUGUGUGACACAGGCCCAGAGUGCCCCGCGGUCCCAGGUUCUGCUGUGCUGGGGCUCUUGCCCUGUGUGCCCCAGCACAGGACCAGCAGCUGAGGCCACUCAGAAUCUGAAGACACGCAUUUGAAACCCGGACUGACAGCCCUGUUCCUUGGAUUGUCACAGUUUUGCAUGUUACACAGACAUCUGGAGUAGUUCACGUGGCCUCCCCACCCGCUGGGACUCUGAAGCACAGCUUAUAACUUGAAGUGCACCCUGUGAACGCGCGCCUGUGCUCACGGCGUUGUUACCACAUGUGAAACGUAUGUACAUAGCAACAGGAAAAUGGCUCGUGGUUGUUUGAAAUGACAUCCCAGGCACCAGCCUGCAUUUGCCGCCCCCCACAUUCCUGAAAGUGCACGCUUAGUCGCAAUGCCCAUUUUUUUCCUUUGGAUAAUCAUUGUUUUUAGUUUCGUGUCAUAGGUACCUGACUUUGCAUCUGGUUACAGAAUUCAGCAUUUCUGGACUGGGAUUUUGCCCAAGACAGGCAAAUAGGAGCAUUUGUCACUGAUUCCUGCUGGGCCAGCGAGCAUCCAAAGAAGUCACAUAUUUUAAAUAAGUUGCAUUCUCUAAAUCCUAGAAUAUACCGUUUGUUCAAAACCAGUAGGAAGUCUGUGUAAAUGCAUCACUCCCCAAUGGAUCAAGCGGAUGGACCUGAGAUGUCGCCACAGGCUGUGUCUGUCACCAAGGUGCGGGCAUAACACUCACCGAAACAUCGAUCAUACUGUGUGGACGGCCCCACAAACAGCGUGGGCUCGUUUGUCUAAACCCGACACCCAUGUGAUCGCAGCUUCCUUGUUGACACUGGUGUGUGUGCCUCCGUCCCACGGUCUAGGGUGCCAGCCGCUGAAGGACUGUGCUCCUCCUUAAAGUGCCCUCCGUGCCAGGCCCAAGUGCCUUAAUGGCUUGUGAACACCCACCCUGGAAGUCAGAAAGGAGAGGUACCAGGCAUGGGCUCGAAGUAUCAUUACAUGAACCUGCAUUUCCAUCGCCCCAUCAUCGAAACCUUCAGGUGGGCUGUGUGUUUUAACACAGUAAUGGAUUUACGUUUUGGCUCAGGAAAUCAAGUUGUAAAUAUAUGUAUCAAAUCAUAUAUUUGUUUACUGUAUAUUUUUUAAAAGCUUUAUUGUAAAUUUAUGCAACAACGAAUCAGGACUUGUUUCCUCAUGGUGACAUGACAGCCAGUGUUUGCGCUCCCUGGAAAAUCUCCUCAAUAACCACCUUUUAAAUGUGAUGCUCUGUUCAGCGC